CGGGCCGCUUGGCGCAUGCGCAGCGCGGAGUCGUCGGCGGCGGCCGGUUACAGUGGGGGGAAUUGGAGUCCGGGGAAGCGGACGGGGGAGACGGAGGAGAAGCUCAAGAUGUGUUACAUUGAACCUUGUAUUUCAAGAGCACUGCCAAUUGCCUCUAUAUAGCCCAGGACUCAACUUUAUUUUUUCCAAUUUAGGUUUUGAAAGUGCCAAGUAACCAGUCACCAUGGUGCAGAAAUACCAGUCACCCGUCCGGGUGUAUAAAUACAGCUUUGAAAUGAUUAUGGCUGCCUAUGAGCGUCGUUUCCCCACGUGUCAUCUCAUCCCCAUGUUUGUGGGCAGUGAUAUUAUGAAUGAGUUCCUCAGCGAGGAUGGAGCUGUGAGUGUAGUGGAGAGACGGUGCAAACUGGAUGUAGAUGCUCCCCGGCUGCUUAAAAAGAUCGCAGGCGUAGACUAUGUCUACUUCAUCCAGAAAAAUUCCAUGAACAGGCGAGAACGGACUCUGCAAAUAGAAGCUCAUAAUGAAACUUUUGCCAGUCGUAUUGUGGUCCAUGAGUAUUGCUGUUACACUGUACACCCCGAUAAUGAAGAAUGGACAUGCUUUGAGCAAUCGGCAAGCUUAGACAUCAAGUCGUUCUUUGGAUUUGAAAGCACAGUGGAAAAGAUUGCCAUGAAGCAGUAUACCAGCAAUAUAAAGAAGGGUAAGGAAAUAAUUGAGUAUUACUUGAAGCAAAUGGAGGAGGAGGGCAUAACAUGCAUGCCUCGAUGGACUCCUGCCACCAAGCAGCAGGAGUGUCUAACCUCUACCUCUACCUCAAGCCAUUCCACGUCUCCUGCUCUGAACAUACCAAUUGUGAAUUCUACUGAUGGGCACAAUAGCAGGGAUUGUCACCCCGCUUCAUCCAGUCCUCCUGAGCCUCUCAGCAGCACUCCUGACGACAAGCUGGAAGCAGAUUAUAUUAAACGUUACCUGGGAGACCUCACACCUUUGCAGGAGAGCUGCCUUAUCCGCCUGCGACAAUGGCUGCAGGAAACCCACAAAGGAAAAAUCCCCAAAGAUGAACACAUCCUGAGAUUCUUGCGUGCCCGAGACUUUAACAUUGACAAAGCCAGGGAAAUCCUUUGUCAGUCUCUCACCUGGCGUAAGCAGCACCAAGUUGACUACCUGCUGAGCACCUGGAACCCCCCACAAGUUCUGCAGGAUUUUUAUGCUGGAGGCUGGCACCAUCACGACAAAGAUGGCCGACCUCUAUAUAUGCUUAGGCUUGGACAGAUGGACACUAAAGGACUGGUCAGAGCUCUAGGUGAAGAGUCUCUCCUGAGGCAUGUGCUCUCCAUUAAUGAGGAAGGACUAAGACGCUGUGAAGAAAAUACCAAAAUAUUUGGACGACCGAUCAGCUCCUGGACCUGCCUUGUGGAUUUGGAAGGACUCAAUAUGAGGCAUUUGUGGAGGCCAGGGGUCAAGGCUUUAUUGCGUAUUAUUGAAGUGGUGGAAGCGAACUAUCCAGAGACUUUGGGGCGGCUGUUGAUCUUGCGGGCUCCCAGAGUAUUUCCUGUUCUGUGGACAUUGGUCAGUCCUUUUAUUGAUGAGAACACAAGGAAAAAGUUCCUUAUCUAUGCUGGUAAUGACUAUCAAGGCCCAGGAGGACUUGUGGAUUACAUUGACAAAGAAGUGAUUCCAGAUUUCCUUGGUGGGGAGUGCCUGUGCGAGGUUCCAGAGGGUGGGAUGGUUCCCAAAGCUCUGUACCGGACUCCAGAGGAACUGGAAAGUGAGGAUAUCAAACUGUGGACUGAGACCAUCUACCAGUCAGCCAGCGUGUUUAAGGGUGCCCCACAUGAGAUAUUCAUCCAAAUAGUGGAUGCCUCUUCUGUUAUCACUUGGGACUUUGACGUUUGUAAAGGGGACAUUGUUUUUAACAUUUACCACUCAAAGAGGUCGCCCCAAGUGCCCAAACGAGAAACUCUUGGAGCUCACGGCAUUACAUCUCCUGUGUGCAACAAUGUGCAGUUAAUUGACAAGGCUUGGCAGCUGGGCCGAGAUUACAGUAUGGUGGAGUCUCCGCUGACCUGCAAGGAGGGAGAGAGCGUGCAGGGUUCUCACGUGACCCGCUGGCCGGGUUUCUACAUCCUGCAAUGGAAAUUCCACAGCAUGCCAGCUUGUGCCACCAGCAGCCUACCACGUGUGGAUGAUGUUCUUGCAUCGUUACAAGUCUCCUCCCAUAAAUGCAAAGUAAUGUACUACAUGGAGAUCAUUGGCUCUGAGGAUUUCAGGGGUUCCAUGACCAGCCUGGAAUCAAGCCACAGUGGAUUCUCCCAACUCAGUGCUGCCACCACAUCCUCGAGCCAGUCUCAUUCCAGUUCCAUGGUGUCCAGCUUGGAUCCCAGCCGAAGCUCCCUAUCUUUGGACGCGACAGUGCAAGGGAGCUCAAGCCACCUACAGACAUUGCACGCUAUAUUAUAGAUCCAACUUUGUACAGAGAGACCUUCAGAAUUGCAAGUAACACAGGACCUUGACUUCUAUUUCACUGAAUUGGACAACCACAUAAAUGUUUUUAUGUUUUUAGAAGAUAUCUUGUACUAAUUAUUGCAUAUCAGGGGAGGAAAUUGCUAAGUAAAAACUAUUUUCAAACUCCAUAACUUAUCUACAGUGCUGGCAUUUGGUUAGUAAAUCUAUUGUGGAGGCAUGCGAUGCCGAGGCUGGGAGGCGGGCCACUGGGCACCAGACACCCACCCACCUGGCAGCUUAUAGUUUUGGCUAUACGUGCAAGAAAUUGUUACUUUAGCUGUUGGCUAUAGCAACUCAUCUGUCAUUUUUAUGGAGCAGAUGUUAAUACAAUAGCUGAUUGGAUGCUAUAGCCAACAUAUCCCCACCGUAUAAAACGUUUAGGUGUGUGUAAGGAGCAUUACAAGAGCAGGAAACCUAAUUGUAGUGUGGUAGGAUGCAAAUCUGAUACUUCAAAUAACCUCCUGCCUGCUUUGCCAAAGUCUUUGCAUGCACUGAGCUAGUUGCUGAUGUUAACUACAGCCUUGCAGAUAGGACAGGUCUGCACACCUAUAGAGGUUAGAUCUUAGAACGAUAUGCCAUUUGCACCAAAGAGAACAUUUACGCACAUCUAGUAUUUCAUCUUUACAUACAAGUGUAUAUCAUACACUUUACAUACAAGUGUAUAAGUGAUCCCUGUCCAGGUAAAGUUAGUAGUGUACACUGGCUACUAUUUGUAAUGAAAACUUCUACUUUGACAGAGGGGACACAUUUGCACAGGACAAACGAUUGGCAGUAGGGCCCUGGUCCUAAGAGACAUAGAUCUUAUUUGUUAUAAAUGUGUUUUGUAAGUGUGGCAGAACUGAUGGGACAGAAAUGCACAAUUCCAUAUUUUUAUUCCAGAUUAUCACUGCACGUUCAUUAUUUUUAAUUUCUUGGAUUGUCAUUGCGUGGUCUGUUAUUUUGUAUGCAUGUAAAUAUGAAUGAAAAACCCCUUCACCUGUCUUUUCUUUCCACUCCUUUUACAAUUACGAGGCUUCCCUAAUCUUCUAGAAAUAAGGGCUGAUUUCCCAGGUGGCAGGGCUGUGCCUUGUUACUUGGAUACUGUGUAGACCCCCCCCCCCCCCCCCCCCAUCCCCCACUUUUUCAUACCACCAGGCAUUAAGACUGGCAUCUGUGUCAUGGCACACAUUGGUGAUAGCUUCGCAGGCUAGCGUUAGACCUAGCAUUCUUAGGACAUGUCCUGCCUCAGUGCCAGAGGUAGCUCAUCUUAUAGGUCAAAACCUUGCAAAGUUCAUUUGCACCCAUUUUUCUCUGAUAUAUCCCAUUUGUGUGUUUCUCUAUUGCACCAAUAUUCUGCAUUGUCUUAAUCAUAUCAGUUUUGAGUUUAUACUUCUUGCAGGGGAGGGUUUGAAUGUGUGUGAUCAUAGUAUUUUGGAAUGACAUGACCUCAGAAUAUGUUCUAACAGUUAAUUUAACAUACAUGUAUGUAGCUUUUCAAAGCAUUUUUUUUUAAAUGUUAACUAAAAUAAACAUUGCAGUAAAACA